AAGUUUCUGUGCUGAGAGGUUCCUUGGUUAUGAUGUUAGCGGGAGAGAGGGAGUAAACACUUUGGCGACAUUUGCAGGAUGAUGGAGUAGAACUACUGAGGGGAAGUGUAUUAAAAUAGGAAAACGGGGGAGAAAUAGAUGGAUUGCAGAGGAGUGGGAGGUGGGGAGAGCAGUCGCUCUAGGAAGGGAGAGAGUGUGGAGUCAACGGCAAAGGAAUCCUGCACAGAAGAAGAAGUUCUUGGUAUAGGCUGUGUUCUUUUUUAGACUUCGUGCAUUGGAGCCAAGUGGAAAAGAAAAAGGACAAACAUCACUUUAUAACAUGUAGAACGUCUACAAGAGUUCGGCGAGAUGAAUGUGUGGUGGACGAGAGAUUGUGUGUGUUCCGUGUUUCGAGUGAAAUUGUGCAGUUUGAAGAAAGAAAAGGAAAAUUCUAUUUCAAGAGUAACUUUAAAUUAUGACACUUUAUCAAGUAAGCCGUUUCCCUUUAAUGUUGUGAGAACACGAAGGAAAAUAUAAAGAAAAUAAAGGCUGGGAAUCAGAAAAUUGACCUCGAGGGAACGAUUCAGUCGCCCCAAACUACGUCAUACAAUUACGUAAUUUACAUACGUUAUGACGUCAGAGUUUUGUAGGUGAUGGAUAGAAUUGGCCUAAAAUAACCCACAGAAAUAAUGACCACGUUUUCAGCCGCGACUAUCCCAUGUGCAGCUGUUUCCGUAUAGUUAUUCAGAUAUAAUCUAUCACUCAUGAAACAGGUAUCAUAUAAAAUUUAAAUACAUUUGAAAGAUCACUUUUAUCUACUGAAUAAAUAUUAUAAGCAAAUGGCCGUAUGCAGUGUUAACUGAUUUAAAAUCGAAUUCUGUGUUGUAACUUAACAUAUCAGUUCUUUAAGCUGUGUGACUAUUAAACCCAUCGAACUGGGUAGGAAAAGCGUGUAACGAAGAUUUAGUGGAUGUGCAGAAACUUUACACCACAUGCUGGAGGAACCUGAGGACGUCGCGGCCAGUCGGUGCAGCACGCUGCUCCGUUACACCUGGAAAAUAUGCACCUGCCUCUUUUCCCACGUGACCCUUGUCUCUCUGGUCGUGUCGUAUUGCAUAAUGGGAGCCUUCACCUUCCAGAAUCUGGAGGCACACAAUGAAAUAAAGGUGAAACGUAAUAUCAGUAGAAUCCGUUUUAACGUAACGGAAGAUCUCUGGAUAUUAUUCCAAACGACAGAUGUGCUGAAAGAGGACACAUGGACAGCUAAAGUGAGAGACAGGUUGAAAGUGUUCGAGCAAGAACUGCUGCGGUCCAUGAAGUCAGACGGUUGGGACGGAACAGAGGACGAAAAUGUUGUUCAAUGGUCCUUUGCUGGAGCACUGUUCUAUUCAAUCAUAGUGAUCACCACUAUCGGUUAUGGACACAUAGCUCCUAAGACACAAUGGGGAAAAGUAGUGACGAUCUUCUACGCCAUCUUGGGGAUUCCCAUGAUGCUGCUGUGCCUCUCGAAUAUAGGCGACAUCAUGGCGCAGUCCUUCCGCUUCCUGUACUGGCGGGUAUGCUGCUAUGUUUGCACCAGGAAGCCAAAGAAGGGACACUCCAGGCGGGGCAGAAGUUUGAGAGGCAGCAGUCGGCAGCCGGGAGCAAGAUAUUCCGGUAGGUCGAGGACUGCUUCGUUUCGAAGAUCGGGCCGGACUUCACAGAGGUCCGCCGACAGCGCUCUGGGGCUUUCGGAGUGUCGGUCCUCCUAUUCGGACACGGACUGCAGGUACUACGACGAUGGAGAUCGCGACCUGGCCAUGAUGUCGCGCGGGAUGCAUAGCAACAGGGCCUCUCAACAUUCGCGCUUCUCCGAUACUGUUCUGCAAGUGUCCAGCCAUGGGGGGGCAGCCCUCGAACAAGGUAGUGACGACAUUCUCCAGGGGCUAGACACGAAGACAGUGCCAGUCCUGUCCAACAGGUACGCCAUAGAGCGCGACGAGGCUGCUGACAAUACCAUCCCCAGGCGCGCCAACUCCACGACAGCAGAUAAGGACGGAGGCCGCCAGCCGCACUACCUAGCCGUUGACAUGCCACCUCCACCUCCGCCAUUGCCGCCCUCACCUGCAGCGCAAACCAGAGAUUCCUUGAAGAGCAGCAUUCGCAGUAAGGGAGCUUAUUCUGGCUCUUACUCGGGCAGUGGGCAACACCGAUACCAUGGAGAUGAUCCCCGUCAGCCAUCGCCUUGCCGGGCCAGAAUCAUGUCGCCCAUGGGGUUCGCCAUUAGUCGCCAGCAGUCGCAGCGGCAACUGAAAUCAUCUCGACUCUCCAGACUGAGAGAAGACGCAGACUAUGACGACUCUGUAGACUACUUUGUAGACUACGAUUAUGAUGACUACGGCGGCGGACAGUCGAGCAGGUCGAAACCAGUCCCUAUCUGGCUCUGUGUUUUCCUUGUCGUCACUUACAUACUCUGUGGAGCGUUUUUGUUUUCGAAAUGGGAGAAGUGGGAGUUUCUUGAUUCUGCGUAUUUUUGUUUCAUAACGCUGACAACUAUUGGAUUUGGUGAUUUCGUUCCUGCGAAACGUGUACAGAACAAGGACGCCACAGUCAGCAUUGCCCUCUGUUCCUUGUACCUCCUCUUCGGAAUAGCAUUGCUUGCUAUGAGUUUUAACCUAGUGCAGGAAGAAGUUAUUAACACUGUAAAACAGGUUGCUAAGCGACUCGGUAUCGUGAAAGACAACGAAGAAGACGAGGAAUAGAAUCCUGUCAUUGUGUCUUCCUUUCACUGCUGUCGAAAUAAAUAGUGUUGCACCAUACUUUCAUGAUUUGUUGGAAGCAAAAUUGCCAGGCGCAUUUGUUCGCUUGCUGCUUGUGACAAAACUUCUGAGUCAGUUACAUCAGUGAAAAUACUUCUUUUUCUUCUUCUUCUUCUUCUUCUUCUUCUUCUUCAUCUUCUUCUUCUGCAGCCUUACGGACCAGGACCUGUGGCACGUUCAAAUUCAGAAUUAAUUUCCGAAAACACCAGUCUAUCACACAUUUGGGGAAAUCCUUGAAAAAGGGCUCGAGAAAUCGUAAGACCUCAAUGAAUAAGGGGCAGUCAAAUGAAAAUGGGGUUACCACGUAUGCGGCGCGCAAGUUGGGAACACUGGAAUUUGCUUACGGUAUGAACAUAUGUUGGGGACUCGGGAGAGCACAGUGACGACGUGCCCUUGCAAACUAGUCGUUUGUUUAUUGUGUUGGAAGUAAGGUUAGCGCUACGUAUGAUCGUCCAACAUCAGCAAUGUAGGCGGGUAAAGGAGGACAGCGAAGUGUAGUGCGCUUUUUGACUACUGAAGGAGGAGGAAGACGAGAAAUUCACCGUCGUAUGUCUGUUGUUUACGGCGAACACAACAUGUCACGUUCGCGUGUGCUGGCGUGGCAUAAGAGAUUCCGAGAGG